GAUAUUUGGGGAUUUUGGCAUUGAAUCUACUUCUCCAGAGUCAGAUGAACUCAUGGAUACCAUUUGCAUGAAGGAAGUUGGAGGUAGUUUUGCGAGCAAAUGCUAACUGGGGUUAGAGCAGUUACUGGAAGUCUAGCAUGCUAGCAGAUACCCAUCGACUUCGUUGUUGCGCUAACUAACGUCAGUUAGCAAUUGCACUAGAGCUAGUUAGCAGCUUCCUUCAAACUGCACACAGUCAUAACAUUUUUAUCCACUAGGUCAUCUGACUCUGGGGAAGUAGAUAAAGGGCCUCAUUGCCAAAAUAUUUUGCCAUUUCUGGUAUUGGAAGUCAAUGAUUUAUAAUUAUUGUGACAGAAAUGGAUUUACCACUUUCCAAAGUUUGAGGUAGAACAAAAUGUGAACUUGACUCUACUUCUCUCGAAUUGUUUAUUUUUAUAUUAUUUUAGUUUUGCUGUCCAUUUUUCUGUUCUCUGAUGUGUUCUCUCGUCCUCCCUUGUGUUCUCUCGUCCUCCCUUGUGUUCUCUCGUCCUCCCUUGUGUUCUCUCGUCCUCCCUUGUGUUUUCCUUGUCCUCCCUUGUGUUCUCUCGUCCUCCCUUGUGUUCUCUCGUCCUCCCUUGUGUUCUCUCGUCCUCCCUUGUGUUUUCCUUGUCCUCCCUUGUGUUCUCUCGUCCUCCCUUGUGUUCUCUCGUCCUCCCUUGUGUUCUCUCGUCCUCCCUUGUGUUCUCUCGUCCUCCCUUGUGUUCUCUCGUCCUCCCUUGUGUUCUCUCGUCCUCCCUUGUGUUCUCUCGUCCUCCCUUGUGUUCUCUCGUCCUCCCUUGUGUUCUCUCGUCCUCCCUUGUGUUCUCUCGUCCUCCCUUGUGUUCUCUCGUCCUCCCUUGUGUUCUCUCGUCCUCCCUUGUGUUCUCUCGUCCUCCCUUGUGUUCUCUCGUCCUCCCUUGUGUUCUCUCGUCCUCCCUUGUGUUCUCUCGUCCUCCCUUGCUUCUUCUGGCCUUGUCUCUCUCCUCCACAGCCAAUGCAUACAGCAGAUUCUAGAAAGUGUAAAUCAUUGUCACCAAAGUGGUAUAGUUCACAGGGACAUGAAGCCUGAGAAUCUGCUCCUGGCCAGUAAGCUGAAGGGAGCUGCGGUGAAGUUGGCAGACUUUGGCCUGGCCAUCGAGGUGCAGGGGGACCAGCAGGCAUGGUUCGGUUUUGCGGGAACCCCAGGCUACUUGUCCCCAGAGGUUCUGAGGAAAGACCCCUAUGGGAAACCUGUGGACAUGUGGGCCUGUGGUGUGAUCCUCUACAUUCUCCUGGUGGGCUACCCUCCCUUCUGGGACGAAGACCAGCACAGACUGUACCAGCAGAUCAAGGCUGGGGCCUACGACUUUCCGUCCCCUGAGUGGGACACGGUGACCCCCGAGGCCAAAGACCUGAUCAACAAGAUGUUGACCAUCAACCCUGCCAAGAGGGUCACCGCAACAGACGCACUCAAACACCCAUGGAUCUGCCAACGGUCCACCGUGGCGUCCAUGAUGCACAGACAGGAGACGGUGGAGUGCCUGAGGAAGUUCAACGCCCGGAGGAAACUCAAGGGUGCUAUCCUCACCACCAUGCUGGCCACACGCAACUUCUCAGCCAAGAGCCUGCUCAACAAGAAAGCUGACGGUGUCAAGAUCAACAACAAGACCAAUGUAGUCACCAGCCCCAAAGAGCCCCCCACACUGGAGCCUCAAACCACUGUUCUCCACAACCCAACUGAUGGAAACAAGGAGUCCAGCGAGAGCGCUAACACCACCAUGGAAGAUGAGGACGUGAAAGCUCGUAAGCAGGAGAUCAUCAAAGUGACUGAGCAGCUGAUUGAGGCCAUCAACAACGGAGACUUUGAAGCCUACACGAAGAUCUGUGAUCCCGGCCUGACAUCCUUUGAACCAGAGGCCUUGGGAAACCUAGUGGAGGGAACUGACUUCCACAAGUUCUACUUUGAGAACGCUCUGUCCAGGAGCAAGCAAGGGCCCGUCCACACCAUCCUGCUCAACCCCCACGUGCACCUGAUCGGCGAGGAUGCGGCGUGCAUCGCCUACAUCCGCCUCACCCAGUACAUGGACGCCAGUGGCAUGCCGCGCACCAUGCAGUCAGAGGAGACACGCAUCUGGCAGCGCCGUGACGGCAAGUGGCAGAACAUCCACUUCCACCGCUCUGGCUCACCCACUGUGCCCGCCAAGUAAGUUGAGAUGACGCCCUAUCCUGCAGCUGUUGCUGAUCUAUGGACCCCGCCUACCAAGUGUCUGUCACAUCCUCAUCCAAUCUCGGCCCAACUCUGCCAUCUCAGAGUGUUGUUUACAUAUCGUCGAUGCUGAACUGAACAUUCUUCUUGCAAAAGAUGAAAAGGAAAUACACAACAAUCUUGACGAUAUAAUUUUGUAUUUUAUCAUUUGAGUGAAAAUGUUGUUUUAUCACCUUCUGUCUCAUCGCAGGACAUUUAUAACUGAACAUUUUUUGUUUUUUAUUCUGAAACAAUGAUUUCCUCUUUUUGAACAUGUUUGAUGGGAAAAUGUUCAAUAUUAUCAGUGUCAGGAACAUGCGGUGAACCAACACCAAACUCAUCAAGUUAUUCAUCUCAUCUGAAUAUUACACAUCAAUCCCAAUAACUGAACUGAUAUAGGUUUAGCCUUAAACCAACAUUCCAGUCUGUCAAUCCUUCUUUAAAUGUCAGUCUUUGUGCAGAAAAAUCUAAGAACAUAAGUGAACGACAAACAUGAGCUUGCUUUUAUUUUGGUGAUGUAUAGACUUGUGAUUGAUGUGAAUCGCUAUAUCUUUGCUUAAACUCUGGAAUAUUAAACUGUUUAAUUAUGAGCUUAGUUUGCAAUCUUUUAACAAUUCAAGUUGUUCUCAACUGGCUCAAUAUUAAGUAUGAUUACUGGGAAUUUUUAUUGACAGUUUAUGUUAAGGGAAAAAUGGUAUCCUGUUUUAUAAUAUGCGUUUGUGUCUAUAUCAUCGCAAUGUGACCGAAUUCUCAAUGAUUGAUCUAUAGUUUACAUUCUUUCUUUCACUUGUAUUACUCAAAGCCAUUGUAUGACAUAUAGAACACUGAUUAAAAGUCUAAUCAUAAUAUUUUCAUAAGGCUGAUAAUUAUGUGAAUGUUAUUGGUCCUAUAUUUUUUGGGGGGACUAUUGACCCUUUCAUGUAUAGCGAAUGGUUCUGUUUCUUUAGUGUAGCAUCUCUCUCCCCAACCCCGUGUCCAUGCAUAAGAACCUAUGGAAGACAAAUAGCCUUUUACCACUGACACCUGGGUGUUAGUUACUCUACUUGACAAGUUGCAACACACAAUGUUUUAUACUGAGAAGGGAGACGGUCAUAUGGGAUCACGUUUUUCCUAGUUGGUAGAUAUUUUCAUAAAUGGGUGUUUAGGUUGGUUUUGCUGAUGGAAAUGUAAGGGAGUUAGAGAUGCAGUAAAAUUGAAUCAGGGUGAACCUAGAAUAUUGGGAUUGGCAAAGAGGUAAUCCAUUUGGGAUUAAAGGCACUGUGUAAAUUUGCCAUUAGGAUGUCCACUGUGGUGUUAAUAACCAUUACUUCCCCCAUUUAUUCCUACAGGAAUGGUGAGACAAUUUUUUUUAUUUUUAAUUACGUUGAACUGUACUAUGGGACAGUGUAUAUUGUUGUCAUUACGAGAAAGGACUGAUAGAUGUUUUAAGAAAUAUCAAAUAAAAUGUGAUUUCUGCCAAAUCUCUUAUUUCCAUGUCACUUUGCCCGUAGCUUAACGUUUGAGGUGAUCACUGUAAUAAACAAAUAAAAAUACAUUUAAAAAAAGUUACCAUUGUA